AUGUAUCCAUCCGUGACUUUCUUGAAGACGUGUACACGAACGCUCCUAUGUUCAAAACGGGCGUUCUCAUGCUGCUCCAGUACCUCACCCAUUUUGCCGCGGUUUCAGAACGGCCAACAGGUCCAGGCCCUGGAACUUGGAAUUGGACCUAGUGACACAACCAAGGGCAAUGUUAGUGCCCUUGUUCCAUUGGAGAGUCUCACAGAUACGUUCACUGGCAUCACAUUGUCGCUAAUGGCAACGACCCGCCCAAACUUCAGUCGUCAAUUUCUGCGCUCCGCUGUCUCGGACACUAAGAAAGAUCUGAAAUGCUGCCAGCUUAUGAUACAGUGCUAUCCGCGAACGAACUGCAUCCACGCCACCCGCGAUCUGGUCCGACCCACGACGCACAUUCGGAAGAUGUUGCAACCGGAUGUAGUUAUUUGCCCGGUAGAGCUCACACGGUGGUCUUCAAGCGAAUUGAUGGUCUGGGGCGGAAUUGUACACCACGACAUAUUGAGCCACUAUAUGUCAUCCUUGCCUUCUACUGCCCUCUUGACCACGAAGACGGGUUUUAGCUACACCCUAACAAGUCGGGUAGAUCAAAAAGCACCAGCACAACGUACGAACUGA